UGUAAAAGAGAAAGAAAUUAAGGCAGAGGGAUCUGGCACCACAUUUGGUGUUUGGGUGAGUAAACCAUGGUCCCGACCAGAGAGAUUGCUAGUAUCAGGGACGAAAUCAGCAUUGGCAGGGAGGUUCAGCAUCAGACCCCGGAGUCGGACUGCAACGGUUACUCCUGUAAUGCAAAGCGUAUGCCCCUGCGCCCUGCCAGUCCCUCGAGACCGCCCCGGGAACCGGGCAGCCAGAUCCAAUGGGGAGACUUGGUCCUGCACAAGCUACGGAGCUCCCGGAAACUUUCCUCUGCGCUUUGCGCUGGCUCGCUCUCCUUUCUGCUGGCGUUGGUGGUGAGGCUGGUCCGAGGAGAGAUCAGCUGUGACCUGGAGGAGAGUCAGGAGGAGGCGGAGGCGGCGGCAGCGGCGGCAGCGGCGGCGGCGGAGGAGGAAGCAGCAGCAGCAGCAGGAGGAGCAGCAGCAGCAGCAGCAGCAGCAGCAGCAACUGAAGGGGGCGUCUUAAAUCUGCCUCGGGGAGGUCCGCUGAGCGGAGCCUGGCAGCUCAGCUUUGGGCUGCAGCCCGCGGCGCUGCUUUUCGGUUUCCUGUGCGCCUUCUUUUGGAUGGGCUUGUACUUGCUCCGCUCAGGGGUCCGCCUGCCUCUCGCGCUCGUGCUGUUGGCCGCCUGCUGUGGAGGGGAAGCAAUUGUCCAUAUCGGACUGGGAGUUCGCGAGGAUCACUUACUAUCUCUCCCCGCCACGGGAGUGGUGCUCAGCUGCUUGGCGGCCGCGACAUGGCUGGUGCUGAGGCUGAGACAGGGUGUCCUCAUGAUCUUCUUGAUUAGUGCGGUUAGGACCGCGUCUCUGAUUUCCUUGGAGAGGGUCAAGGUCGCUUGGAGGCCGUACCUGGCUUACUCAGCCGGGGUAGUGGGGCUCCUUCUAGCCAGGUACCCGGAAAAAAUCCUGCCCCAAUCAAGAGGAGCGGUCCGGAGAGAGGAUUUUGGCACCCAGUUGGUUGUGGGUACUAAAGAAGAAGUCCUGGUGUUUAAGAGGAGGAGAAGGUCCAGCUCCAUGAUCUCCGCCGAGAUGUCCGGCUGUGGCAGCAAAUCUCAUCGCAGAACCUCUCUUCCUUGCAUACCUAGAGAACAGCUCAUGGGACAUUCUGAAUGGGACCACAAACGAGGGUACAGAGGAUCACAGUCUUCAGGUACAAGUAUUACUGUUGAUAUUGCUGUGAUGGGAGAAGCACACGGACUUAUUACAGACCUCCUUGCAGAUCCUUCUUUGCCACCAAAUGUGUGUACAUCCUUAAGGGCUGUGAGUAAUUUGCUCAGCACACAGCUGACUUUCCAAUCAAUUCACAAGCCAAGAGUGAGUCCUCUGGUUUCCUUCAGUGAAAAUUAUACCUGUUCUGACUCAGAAGAAAGCUCUGAAAAAGAGAAACUGGCUAUUCCCAAGCGCCUGAGAAGGAGUUUGCCGCCGGGAUUGCUGAGACGGGUUUCAUCCACUUGGACAACCACCACGUCUGCCACAGGUCUGCCCACGCUGGAGCCUGCCCCGGUGAGGAGAGACAGGACGGGCAGCUGCAAAUCUCAGGAAGCCCCUUCAUCCAGUGCUGUUAAUCCUGAUUCUUGGAAUAUGAUGGCCAUGACCAAAAGCAGGUCCUUCUCUACUUCCUAUGCUGUCUCUGCAGCUAACCAUGUGAAUUCUAAAAAGCAAAGUCGAACAGGUGUUCUAGCUAAAAUUUCACCUCUUUCAUCCCCAAGUCCUUCGCCUAUUCAGGGAAGCCCAGUCAAUAGUCCAAUCAGCAAAAUCUCUGCAAUGCAAUUUCCAGAAUCUACUGAAGUAACUCCCAAACAAGGCUUAAGCUCUCACAGAAUCCUAACAUAUACACAGAGUGCACCAGACCUUUCUCCACAGAUCUUCACCCCACCUGUUAUAUGUACCAGCUGUGGCAGACCAUACAAUCAAGGGAACUCUGAUGAUGGGGCAUUGGGAAGUGGCAGUGUAGCCACACAUUCACCAAACAGAACAGAUGAUACAGCUCAAGUUACUUCUGACUAUGAAACCAAUAAUAACAGUGAUAGCAGCGAUAUUGUGCAGAAUGAAGAUGAACAAGAGUGCUCUAAAGAUUCACUGAGGAAAGAAUCUCAACAUAGCACAUAUACUCCUGAAACCAUCAUAUUUAUGCCAGACAAGCCUAUUCUUGCUCCAGAACCUCUUGUCAUGGAUAACUUGGACUCAUUAAUGGAAAAGCUAAAUACUUGGAAUUUCCCAAUCUUUGAUUUGGUGGAAAAGAUAGGGAAAAAAUGUGGCCGAAUUCUGAGUCAGGUAUCAUACAGACUUUUUGAAGAUAUGGGACUUUUUGAAACUUUUAAAAUUCCAAUAAGGGAAUUUAUGAAUUAUUUUCAUGCCUUGGAGAAUGGAUACCGGGAUAUUCCUUAUCACAACAGAGUCCAUGCCACUGAUGUUUUACAUGCUGUUUGGUAUCUAACUACUCAGCCUAUUCCAGGUCUCUCCACUGUGAUUAAUGACCAUGGAUCAGCAAGUGAUUCAGAUUCGGACAGCGGAAUCACACACGGACACAUGGGAUAUGUAUUUUCAAAAAAGUAUUCAGCAGUAGAUGAUAGAUAUGGAUGCCUGGCUGGCAAUAUCCCUGCCCUAGAGCUGAUGGCUCUUUACGUGGCUGCAGCUAUGCAUGACUAUGAUCACCCAGGAAGGACCAAUGCUUUUUUGGUUGCAACUAGUGCACCUCAGGCGGUACUAUAUAAUGACCGUUCAGUUUUAGAAAAUCAUCAUGCAGCUGCUGCGUGGAAUCUCUUCAUGUCCCAGCCAGAGUAUAACUUCUUAGUCAACCUUGACCACGUGGAAUUUAAGCAUUUUCGUUUCCUUGUCAUUGAAGCAAUUUUGGCCACUGACCUGAAGAAACACUUUGAUUUUGUAGCCAAAUUUAAUGCCAAGGUUAAUGAUGAUGUUGGCAUAGAUUGGACUAAUGAAAAUGAUCGUUUAUUGGUUUGUCAAAUGUGCAUAAAGUUGGCUGAUAUCAAUGGACCAGCUAAAUGUAAAGAACUUCAUCUACAGUGGACAGAUGGCAUUGUCAAUGAAUUUUAUGAACAGGGAGAUGAAGAGGCCAGUCUUGGACUUCCUAUAAGCCCUUUUAUGGACCGUUCUGCACCUCAGUUGGCAAAUCUUCAGGAAUCUUUCAUCUCUCAUAUUGUGGGGCCAUUGUGCAACAGCUAUGACUCUGCAGGACUAAUGCCUGGGAAAUGGGUGGAAGACAGUGAUGAAUCAGGAGGAGACACAGAUGACCGGGAAGAAGUAGAACAACCAACAACUGAAGAAGAAACUUGUGAAAAUGCUGAAUCUACAGGACAGCAAAAGUUCAAACGGAGGAAAAUCUACUGCCAAAUAACUCAACACCUCCUUCAAAACCACAAAAUGUGGAAGAAAGUCAUUGAAGAUGAGCAACGACUAAGCAGUGGGAUGGAAAAGAUAAGUCUAGAAAAAUCCAACAUGCACCAAUCCUCAGAGCAAAUACAAGCUAUCCAGGAAGAAGAGGAGGACAAAAGGAAACCCAAAGGAGAGAACACAACUACAGAUAUGACCCAAUGA